CGAUCCACUUCAAAAGCACUCAAACCUCACUAUACACUUUUCAAACACCAUGGCCACCAGUCAAGAGAUCAACAAUGCGCGUUUCAGUAAGGAGGCUCUGGAAUGGGAUUCAAACCAGAAGCAUGUGGAAUCGACUUCGAAAGCACUUGAAGCCAUCAAGCGCUACGUACCUGCGUUCAAAGAUGGUCGUAACAAAGAACUCGACGUGCUAGAAAUCGGUUGCGGCACUGGCCUGCUAUCCUUUAUGCUAGCUCCGCACGUACGCAGCCUUAUCGGCGUCGACACAGCAGACGGCAUGAUAAGUGCCUUCAACACUAAGCUGGCGGAUCUUCCAACAGAUCACCCGAACCUGUGUUCAAUAAACCACUUCCUAACGAACCCAGACUCGCAUGAAUUGCAAAGCGCAGCAGCACUCCUUGCCACGCAUCGAGGGGAAGCCACAUCACCGCCCUACUCGUACCGAUUUGAUCUCGUGGUUUCUCAUUUGACCCUGCAUCACAUUCCUUCGAUGGCGGAGAUUCUAGAGACGAUGAAGAAAUGUUUGAAGCCAGGGGGUGUUGUUGCGUUGACAGAUUAUGAAGACUUUGGGCCGGAAGCUGUGCCAUUUCACCCGGUGAGUAAGAGGCCAGGAGUCGAGAGACACGGAAUCAAGAAGAGCGAGAUGGAGGAUUUGUUAUUAGGGACAGGGUUCAAUGAGAUUAGGGUCGACGAAGCCUUCGUUCUGCGAAAAGAAGUUGAUGCUGAGGACGGGAAGCCUGUAAGAGAGAUGGAUUUCCCGUUUUUGCUGUGUUUCGGCGUAAAGAGCUGA